AUGGGACUUUUAGGGGGGAUGUGAGUUGCUCCGAAAAGUUGUGGAAGAAGCGCCACUGACGCAUCGAGGAACGCCGAGUGGUCGCGACAAUUCAUGUGUUUCAUGAACUCCUAACUGUGUAGCUCAUAUUAAGACUUUUCCCCCCGUAGCAGCCGUUUUAAUAAAGUAUCUAAACUUAUCUUGUAAAGUGAAGUUCAUUAAGACUUUGUGCUUUCACAAGUCCAACCCCGGACCUCCUCGGACGUUUAAGACUGCAAUAAAGCGGCGAAUAUGGAGCUCUCUUUGGUAGCGCUGCUCUGUUUUUCCAACCUUGCUUCAGUUUUGGGCUCAGCAUUUGGCAGGGAGAUGCCAGCUUCUACAAUGGACGAUGGCAAGGAUUUUGAUGACCCCUUUCAUUAUGACUACGAGUCAGUGCGGAUUGGCGGAUUGGUCUUCGCUGCUGUGCUCUUCUUUUUGGGGAUUUUUAUUAUUAUCAGCCGAAAAUGCCGUUGCAGAGGAAGCCAGGCCUCUUAAAUGCUGUGGGGGAAUCAAUCCAGAAGCAUCCUGAGCGUAUCACCACCAAUAGGAGAGAGCAGUGGGAUGACAAAAACUUAAACGGAUCCUGUUUUAUUUGUUCACAUUUAUAUCUGACAUAAAUCAUUGUUUUCAUCCAACACUGCCUUUUUUUUUUCUCCCCUCCCUCUCAAAUAUCUGAUCCAUAUUUUCUUUUCUUUUUUUUUUGUCUCUUGUUGUAUGCUCGCGAAUGCGGCUGACUGGUUCCUCUCGAUGUUUCAUUCGUUUAGUUUUCACCCAAGAACGUGUUUUGUAAAGAACCCCUUAACAUUUGCGUAGACUUCUGUAGCAUGUACUUGUGAAGCAAUCAGACACAUUUUCACUUGUAGCGUUUUAUACAUUUUUGUAAAUUCUUUUAAUUGUGUUGCAAGACACCGAUUUGCUGUUGAGAUUAUUCACUGGAUUACGAGAACACAUGACUGACCGCUUUCCUAUCGAAUAAACGCAAAUCAAUGCA